UGGCAUCAAACGCGAGCCUAGAAAUAGUGUUUUAAAUCGUCUUUGUCUCGACUUUGGCGCAAGUUCACUGGUCGGUUCAAAGUCACGCAACGCUAUUGGCUAAUUCGUAUGAAGCUCCGCCCCAUGUUUUGGGUUUCUGUCUAUUUAAUUGGUCCAAAUCGAGUCGUUUAAAUUCGAAAUCUACUGACUACUUGCAUUGCAAGGCGAUUUCGAAAAGUAAACUGUGGGUUGCGUUAUUUGCGUCAAGAGAAGUUAUUUUAUGAUUAUCCGACUCCUUGUUUCAGGAUGAGUUCUACUGCUGUGAACGAUGAGAAUCGUGGGAUCUGCCCUGGAAGAAAGCACAGCAAUUCGGAGACAAGUUGUGACAUCUUUUCCUUGGAUCAGCCGACUGGGAGGCCAUCCAUCCUUCGCCAGUCUCAGGCAGAGAACCUGUCCAACAAAACUAUAGUAAAGGGAGGGAAGGUUUGUUUUCAGACUCCAAGAAGAGACCCUCACACUAAGAGAAUAGAAUCACCAACAAAGUCCCUCAAGAUGGCAAGCAUAGAUCACUGUACAAAAGCCCUAGAGUCUUUGCAGCUUACAACACCUGAAGAGGUGUUGCUGCAGAAAAUCGAUGUGCCAAAAUCAGAUGUGUCAUCCUAUCCUGAUGAUGACAUGCCAAUUCAGAGUAAAGGAGGUUAUCAGCUGGAUUUUGAUAACCUUGAUGUCAUCAAUCCCUUCCAAGGGUCUGGUAAAAUGGUCCUCUCUCCAGCAAGGCCCAGUGAACUAGUUGAAACCUCCAAGGCUAUUGAUCUGAGCGAACCUAAUGUAAUUGAGGCAGUUUCUCAUGAGAAGAUGUUAAAGGAUUUUGACAAGAUUGAAACAGCACUGGAUGAGACCCUCCCGUUCAUGCCAUCACUGGAAAAUUCUCUUGCUGACAUCUCAGCUGAUGUGCGUUCAACAGAUAGCAGUGUGAUCACCAUGACGAAGGAUCCAGCCAUCGAGUUAUCCAAAGCUGAUGAGGACGAGACUGUACAGUCAUCAGUUAACCUUAACCCAGAUCAAGCUGUCGCCAUCUCUAGAGAUGAGGAGACUCCUCUGCUGCCCAAAGGUUCUUACAAAUUUGAUUUUGACGACCUUGAUUCAGUCAACCCUUUCCAAACAGGAGCCUCCAAAAUUCAGAAUUCCCCUGUACUUGGAAGAAAGCUGCCAUGCAAUGACCCUCCAGAGGUGGAAGUUGAAGAGACUGCCCCUGUUGGUAAGGAAAUGGGACCUGCAGCCAUGGUUCAGGUGUCUCAGCCAGUUGUGUUGGCACCUGUCCAGCCAGAGAUGAGAGCAAUUGCACCAUUGUCACCUGCUCCCAAGGAGACGAGCCAGCCCGCUGAAGACUCCAUGCCUCAGCCGGGUGAAGCUGCUCCCAAUGCCGGGCCAGUGAAACUUGAGUUCAAUUUCGAUGAUGGCGGGGAGAUCAAACGUAAGCCUCUUCUCAAGCGGUUUGUCAAGAGGCCUCCUGGUCUUAAGCCGACAGAGAAAAAGGCAGUACCUGAAGAAAAGAAACAACCUCUAUCUAAGGAAUCUCCAGUAAUGCCAGCGGUCGGUACUGAUUCUGAUAUUCCUGUUCCAAAAGGCGCGUACAACUUUGACAAGUUUGAUGACCCAGACUUCAAUCCAUUUGGUACAAAUGCAAGAAUGAGUGACUCUAUAGUCUGUAAGGUGAAAUCCAGUUUAGAGGCCAAGGGAUCAAACUCAGUCAGGGUGGCUGCCUCCCCUGAUAAAGUGACAGAGCAUGUUCAGAAAGAAACCGCACCAUGGCCACUUCUUCCUAGUGCUGGAGACAAAAUCUCAAGGACUGAACCUGAUCUUUCUGCCACAAGAGAAGGAAUUGACAACAUUCCACAAGAUCAGCAGCUUCAGAUGGAAUCUUGUGAAGUUCAGGAUCCUUUGUCUGGCCAAGAGCAGAAACCUCCAACUGAACCUGACCAACCUUCACUGAGCACCCUAGAAACCUUUGAACUCUGCCAAUUUGAGCAGAACCCACAAAAUGGCAUGUCAGAAUUUAAUGAGGAGUUUGUUCCUGGAACCACAUUCAUGGCGAAUGACUUUGAUGGACAGAUGGACUACCUGGAGCAGUUUGGGUCCAGCAAUUUCAAGGAGUCAGCACUGAGGAAACAAUCUCUCUACCUCAAAUUUGACCCCCUCAUGAGAGAGAGCCCCAAGAAGUCUGGAGGCCCCACAGGGCUCAACCUCCCUCAACCUGAUGCCUCUGCUUCACGUGUGGAUACCCAGAAGACUGGUGCCAAGGAGGAGGUGAAUGGACUGAAAUCUCUCAACCCCAGACUUCUUGAUGUUCCACCACCUGUUCAGGUUGUUGGUCCUAUGACUCCUCUCGUGCAAAAUUCCCCUAUGAAUCUGGCCUCAACUUUCCCCCAACCAGCCAACAUGGAGGAUAACAUCGUAGAGGUGCUUAAAUACAGUCAGCAAGAUAUGGAUGCUGCCAUUGCCAAGAUCCAGAAAGAAGUAAAGGAACAGGAAGAUCAAUGGAAGGCAAAGCAUGACAAGCUAUCUUGGGAUAAUCAUGAAAUGGGGAAAAUCAUGUCUGAAUUUGAAGCCACAAUUGCGCAGAUAUUGGCUGAUAAACAAAAGGAGAAGGAGAUGGCCCAGGCUGAGUUCACUAAAGUCUUACAGGAGAAGGAGCAGGUAUCACAGGACCUGAACACCAUGGAGAGGUCCUUCUCUGAGCUUUUCAAGAGACUGGACAAGUACAAAGAGGCCAUCGAGGGUUACAAAAAGAAUGAAGAGAUGCUGAAGAAAUGUGCUCAAGAUUACCUGGCCAGGAUCAAGAAGGAGGAGCAGCGCUACCAGACCCUGAAAGUCCAUGCAGAGCAGAAAAUUGGCCUGGCGAAUGAAGAGAUUGCAGAGGUUCGCUCCAAAUUAAAGUCGGAGGUCUCUGCACUUCAGGCCCAGCUGCGCAGAGAGCAGCUAAAGGCCCAGUCACUGGAGAAUAGCCUUGACCAGAAAGUAAAAGAGACUGAAGAACUCACCAAUCUUUGCGAUGAGCUAAUCGCUAAAGUCCAGAAGGGCUGAGUUCAACUGCAUGUUUGUUUAUGUCCUUGCCUUUAUUGCUGUAGUUUAGAUUUUUUACAAAUCUAAAUAUGUGCUCUUUCUGAUUAACAUGUGUGAAUAUUGCUUUGUAAAUGUUUUGCUGCUCUUGAUUGGAGAUCAAGAAAUGUAAUAGUACUUCACUGGCUCCUCUACUGAUCCAUAUUUUGUCAAUGUUGGUCUUGUUCAUGUCUGUCUUUAUUACUGUAAUAAAAAAAACAUUUUACUAAUCAA